GCCGGGACGGGUGCAGUUGAAUAAAUAAUUCGUCUUUGCACUCGGUUGAAUUUUGAUGGGUCUUUCGGUCUUGGGGGUCUCUUGAGUGCGUGUUGUAAAAACUAAGUGCAUUUAGAAGCAUCUUCUUGAAACACAAGCUGAAAUAUUUCGACUUAAUUUGGUGAUAGACUAGCAUCGCUACUGAUUCGAAAGAACACUUCAGUGAAAUCAGAAGGAGGAGGAGGUUGGCGACUAAAUUCACCUACAGCAGUACCGAGACUACACGAUAGAAUAUCCAAAGAAGAUCGGUUGUGGUCAAAAACAGAAUUCUACUGCUUCUGGAUUCGACAACAGCAACUGAGAGGUUUCAUUCACUACGCGGCAACCAUUGUCGCGCUCUUACAACGUUGCGCCGUGCCAUGUAGCAAUCCGCUAAACACAAGCUCAAUGCUCCACGGCAUCUCACCGUAAUCCGUCAAACACCCUCGCCACCACACAGACGAAAACCAAUGGGCUCGAUUCACGUGUUAAUUUUCUUGCUGGCGGCGAUGAGCCAGUUCCCCGAGGCACUCGCGAUUCCCAAGUUCCUCAUGUCCGCGGGACAGCGUAUCAUGAUGUUCCGGGAGUGGUGGAAGCAGAUGUGGGCCAACUUCAAGAAGUUCUGCGCCCAGCAGCGCGGCGAGUUCAAGCGCCACAUGAGCGGGGGCGGAGGAUUCGACGCUGACGUCUUCGCCGACGACGAGGACGAGGACGAGGAGGGGGGUGGCAACGGGGUUGGCGACGAGGACGGAGACGGACAGGAGUCCUUGGAGAAGAUGCAGAAGAACCCCGCGUUCCUCAAGUACCUACGCGACCAAGGAGUGAAGCCUCCUGGACUUGGCUUGUCCUCGGGGAGCCGUCCAGGCAAGAGGCUUAAAUGGAUCCCUUUACGCCAAGCCUUAAACUUAAACCCAAGGCCGAGGCGUAGGGCCGCCCCGCGCAGGAGAGGUCGCCGUGCCCGUCCAGCUCGACGCUUUGUUAAAUGAGCUUAGAACUGGUCUCUCCUAAGACUUUUUGUUUAUUUAAAAUUCCUACAAGAAUAUGUUAAAGGUGCUUCCAACAAACCUUGAGCCCAUAGAUUUUAGUAAUCUCCGAAAGUAAUGUCAGCUCAGCAUGGGCGUGGCUAUGAAAGGGCCAGGGUGGGUCUGCCCCAUAGGCGGAGGGCUUUCCCUAAAAAAUUGUCUGCAUUUUAAGGCAUCAAAUAUGCAGUUUGAGAUAUUUUCGUCAUGAAUAAUUGCCAAACGUAAGCGUCCUUUCUUCUUCCCUCCGUUCCUUCCCUCUCUCUUUCUUCCAUUUUACUUUCUCCUUUUUUCGGGUGGACCAGGGGGGUGUACACCUUCUACGCCCCCCUUCCUUGGAUCCGCCUUUGGCCUGCCCUCCUCGGCAUUUGAAUGACAUAAAAAAUCUGCAUGAUAGAAAGUAGCCUCAAAAACGGUGAAUUUCCUCGCUGGACUGCAUGAUGCGAUAAAAAAAAGGGGGGGAAAGUUUGAGCUUCACUUUCAACACUGAAAACAGCUCGGUUUAUGAACUGAACGUUCAGUGUUCUUUAUCCCCCUAACUAUUCCGUUACUGAAGCUCAUCAGUCCACAGUGCCAAGUACCUACCAUACAUUCGAACGAGUUUACUGGAGCAUGUUCUAUCAAUUGUAUAAUUGAGUUUGUAAUGAAAAAAAAAAAAAACAUGAUAUUGAAAAGACUUGGGAUUUUCCAAGUAUAACUAUGCGAGCGAUUGCAAUUUUGAAUUGAUAAUGAUUUAGACGUACAUUUGAAAUAAAAUCUGAUUUUUACGCUGACAA